GUGCUGUUUUGUUGCAGUGUGGUGCAGUUGGACCCCUCUCACUCUACCGAGCCCCGUCACGUCCUGUCACGUCACUCGCUGCCCAUCACCGACAUCCACUGCGGGCUCAUGGGAGCUCAGGCGCGCGUGGCCACCGCCUCUCUCGACCAGACCGUGAAGUUAUGGGAGGUCUCCUCAGGUGAGAUGCUGCUGUCUGUGCUCUUUGAUGUGAGCAUCAUGUCGGUGACCCUUGACCCCUGCGAGUACUUCCUGUUCUGUGGAGGCAGUGACGGGACCAUCUAUCAAGUGUCUCUGCGCAGCCCGAGUAUGAGUCGAGAUAAGACCUUCCAGACAGACAAUGAGGGAAACCAGGAGUUUAAAGGCCACAGGAACCUGGUGACGUGUCUCUCUGUCUCAAUGGACGGAACGAUGCUGCUGUCAGGCUCCCAUGAUGAGACGGUUCGACUGUGGGACAUCCAGAGCAAGCAAAGCAUUCGUACCAUCAAUCAUAAAGGCCCGGUGACAAACUCGUGCAUCAUGAUGGCUCCUGCCAACAUGUUCCUUCCUGAGAGCCGCCCCGCCGUCCCUCUGCCUCGCUUCAGCCGCCAUCUUAAUCCCACCGAGCAGGGAGACUCCUCCUCCACUGGGAUGUGUCUGCGUCUGGGAUCCAACACACAGGACCCAGAGGAGACUUACUUGGAGAAGGCAGACAAGCUUCACGCCCUGAUGUGUGCUGUCACUGACAAGAGUGUAUUUGGAGACGGAGAGAACACCAAAGUGCGCGUGUCAGAGCUGGAGGAGGAGGUGAAGACCCUGAAGAAGAUCAACAAGGAUCUGUACGAUUUCUCCAGCCAGCUGCUGAUCAAGCCCAGUUAGAGCGGCCCGCGAGUGGGCCGGAACUGGCCCAGCACUGGCCCAGAGACACUCAACCAGCCACCUGCGGAGGCACAGCUUCAGGAUGAAACGGCCUCACUGGACAGCCCCUUACACCUGUCUGUCUGACUGUCUGUCUGUCUGUCUGUCUGUCCCUUGUCUGUAUGUCUGUAUGUCUGUCUGUCUGUCUGUCUGUCUGUCCGUCUGUUCUCUGUCGCCUGUCUGUCUCGGCACUUCAAGCUCAUUAUGAUCAGUGAAAAUGGAAACAAAGAACUUGUGUGUUAUGAUUUACUGUAGGCUGUUAAGUCCAUUUCAUACAAAUAUACCUAUAUGGUUUGUUUGUUUGUUUGUGACAGGUCCGUUACCUUACUGUGGGCAGCUUGUUAAUCUCGACAUACUGCUCUAACGUGACUUAGUACACCCACAUCCCCAAAUCCGCUCCCUUUGAGUUCCACACUUAAAUCCCACAGAUCCCCUGCUUCUCCGUCUGACCCAGGUGUACCCCUGAGACCCCUGCUGGUCUCCUAUCUGUUCCCUGUCUCCCGGCAGCAACACCCCCUCAUCAGCACCUGUAUUCAAUCAGCCAAUCAAUACCAUGGAUUCUUUUUCCCUGCUGCUUGCUGGGAACCAGAGGGGCGUUUGCAUAACAGUGAAAUGUGUCUUCAUCCACGGUCCAGUCAACAGUGGAGGCGUUACCAGUGUGGACUUUUGUGCUUUUUCUUUUUCUUAAGUAUUGUAUUCUCUCUCUCUCUCUAUCUGUGGGUAGGGGUGUUAGCCUUGACUCCUGUGUAUUUAAGUGCUAUGAUGAUACGGAGUUGAGUUAAGCUCGUUUACUGAAAACGCUUCAUCUCCCCCCGCCCGAGCGGCUGCAGCGUGUUUAUUCACAGUGAGAGAGCCAUUAAGCCCCCUCACUGCGAGUGUGUUUGAUUUUUAUCAUGUAGCGUAGCGUAGCGCAGCAUAGUCGUUAGCCUUUCAGAUGUUAGCCUUUGUGAUGGCGCUAGUGUUUUAGGGAUCUGGGG